AUGGCAAAAAACUGGAUCACAUUUUUGCUGCUGUUCUUAUCAGUUACUAUGUUUUUUGCCACUGCUAUACCAUCUGAAGGGCAUCAGAAUAUGACAGAGGACUUCUCUCAGCUGAGUGUUACACGGAAUAAGAUUAUGACAGCACAAUAUGAAUGCUACCAGAAAAUUAUGCAAGAUCCUAUUCACAGGAAAGAAGGUCCUUAUUGUAAUAGGACAUGGGAUGGCUGGUUGUGUUGGAGUGAUGUUGCUGCUGGAACUGUGUCAGUACAGCGUUGUCCUGACUACUUUCAGGAUUUCAACCCAUCAGAAAAGGUUACGAAGAUCUGUGAUCCAAGUGGGAAUUGGUUUAGACACCCAGAAAGCAACAGGACAUGGACAAACUAUACCCAGUGUAAUAUCUAUACACAUGAAAAAGUGAAGACUGCUCUGAACUUGUAUUACUUGGCCAUCAUUGGACAUGGUCUUUCAAUUACAUCACUUCUGAUUUCUCUUGGCAUAUUCUUUUAUUUUAAGAGCCUGAGUUGCCAAAGGAUUACCCUGCACAAAAAUCUAUUUUUCUCUUUUGUUUGCAACUCAGUUGUAACAAUAAUUUCACUGACUGCAGUUGCCAACAAUCAGGAAUUGGUUGCAACUAAUCCACUUAGCUGCAAAGUGUCACAGUUCAUCUACCUGUACCUAAUGGGUUGCAACUACUUUUGGAUGCUGUGUGAAGGCAUUUACCUGCACACUCUCAUUGUGGUGGCUGUUUUUGCUGAGAAACAACACUUGAUGUGGUAUUACCUUCUUGGCUGGGGUUUUCCACUGAUCCCUGCCUGCAUACAUGCUGUUGCUAGAAGCUUAUAUUAUAACGACAAUUGCUGGAUCAGCUCUGAUACUCAUCUGCUGUACAUCAUCCAUGGCCCUAUUUGUGCUGCUCUGCUGGUGAAUCUUUUCUUCUUGCUAAAUAUCGUUCGUGUUCUCAUAACAAAGCUGAAAGACACCCACAAAGCAGAAUCCAACCUGUACAUGAAAGCAGUGAGAGCUACCCUGAUCCUUGUCCCGCUGCUUGGCAUUGAGUUUGUCCUGUUUCCAUGGCGACCAGAAGGCCGGAUUGCUGAGGAAGUCUAUGACUACGUGAUGCACAUCCUCAUGCAUUAUCAGGGUCUACUGGUGGCUACAAUCUUCUGCUUCUUUAAUGGAGAGGUCCAAGCUGUUUUGAGAAGACACUGGAAUCAGUACAAAAUCCAGUUUGAGCACAGCUUUAGCCACUCAGAUGCCAUGCGCACCGCUUCCUACACCGUAUCGUCCAUCAGCGAUGUUCAAGGCUACAGCUACAAUCACGACUGUGCUAGUGAACAUUUAAAUGGGAAGGGCUACCAUGACAUGGAGAGUGUUGUUUUAAAAACCGAAAAGCUGUAUGGUUGACUACCAAAGGCUUGGCCUAUGCCACUGUGCUUAUCCUCCUGAACUCCAA